AACAAAUUUUCAAUGUUCAUGUUUUUGUGUGAUAAAACAGAAACUCAAAACAAUACAAUGAGAUUGAAUCUGUUGGGAAAAAAUUUCCGAAUCGGAAUCAAUUACUAUUCACCAUUUACAGCGAUCGAAUUGAAUCAAACAUCAUUAUCAACAAAAUCAUGGCAAACGAAUGGAAUCGAAAUCGAAAUAAUCAAUACGAUGGCAAAUUAUUUUAAUUUUUCUUAUAAAUUAAUCAAUUAUAAUGGUAUUUAUGGUGAUCCAAUCGAUAAUAACUAUAUUAAUGGUACAUGGAGAGGUAUUGUCGCCGGAUUGAUAGCCAAUCAAAUUGAUUUCGGUAUUGGUGGUAUAACCGAAAAAUAUGAACGACAUAAAGUGAUAAAAUUUCUUUAUCCACAUUGGAUUGAUCGAUUAACGUAUGCAACAACAAUGCCCGAAAAUGAACAACAACAAUAUUUGGAUAGAUUUUUUCGUCCAUUUCAUCCAAUCGUUUGGUUAAUGUUGAUAAUGGUAUUUAUUUCGUUUAUCAUAUUCAAAUGGUUUGAUGAUAAUCUAUCAAUAAUGUUGUCGAAUCAAAAACAAAAUGAUUUUAUUUGGUCAAUUAUAUUUCGUACAUUAUUACGACAACCAUUACCAUCAAUGAUGAUUACAAAUAAA